ACACGCCACCCCAGCAGCAGCUUGAAGGCGGCGUGCGUGCGUGCGUCAGGCACCAUGACUCCAUACGUAGAUACCGCCCAUCCCCAGGUGGCCAGCCAGUGCAGAUCGCCCAGUCACACACAAACACGCUCUCUUUUCCCUCGUCUGCGAGCUUUUCGAUGUACGUACAGAAAAGUCAAUAAAGGACCCCGUUUCAAAAGAUCUGAGACAGGCAGCACACGAGCAGGCAAUCCGGACCGACAGAAUCUGAAAGUGACGGCGAAAAACCGACGCGAGCGACCCUGGCCGAAGCGACCCAGCCGUCGGUCCUUUGAGGCGACUUUUUGACGUUUCAAGGUUCGCAAUGGCGCAGCCCCAGCCCGAAGGUAUCAAUGCGCAGAUGGGUCGACGGUAACCAUGGAAAAGCCGAACGUUGUAUGUGUUGCAGCCAAGGCAUCCAUCUGUGGACACAAGCGAGUCCGCCACGACCUCUCAGCAGCAGCAGCCGUCGGGUCCCCUCGCCAUGGCAACAGCGGCUGCCGUCGGCGCCACGGGCAAUGGCAAUGGCAACGGCGGAUACAGUAAGCCUGACAUCAGCCGGCGGAUGGAUGGAUGGAUGAAUGUCCUCUCUUCUGCGUGUUGUCGUUGCUGCAGUGUCUGUUGAUGAGGGUCGUGUGUACGGGCAGCGGGAGUGGAAGCUCAUCAUCCCGUGGCUCAAGGGUGCUGGACACACACACGGCACACCCAUCAUCCACAACGAGCCGUGUUUGCAAUGGUCCCUGGCUGUGUAUGGUCUGUGUGCAGUUGGGGACAAGGUGAGUGUGCUCAACGCCAAUCCGCUGUACGUGGAGGCCAAGUGCGUCGAGGGCGAGAGUGCGGUCUGCACGGCGGGGGGUGAGGGGGACACACAGACGGACUGGAUGGGGGGCGCCGCAUCAGUGCGUGUGCGUGGGAGACAUGGGGUAUGGCGACGUACGAGGGUGCUCUGUGCGUGGGUGUGUGCGUUUUCAGGUGUUGCUGAGGCCGGCGCUGCCCCGAAGGCGAAAGUAGGCAGCACCACAGCACUACACCGCACCCCUCCAUGGCCAUGCACACCACACACCACACACCACCACACCAUACGGAGGGAGAUCCAGACGAUGACCGUCCUAUGCUCCACCCUCCCCUUUUGUGUCAUUAUCGUGUGUGGUGCAUUCAGGCCAAGGGGAAGGGCGAGGCCAAGUCUGGUGGUGGCAAGGCGCGUGCUGCCCCGAAGCACCCUUCGUUUGAGGAGAUGAUCAAGGAGGCCAUCGGCACACUCAAGGACCAGUCAGGCAGCAGCCUGUUCGCCAUCAAGAAGUUCAUCCAGGCCAAGUACUCCCUCGACGUCGAGGACGCACGCACCAAGCACCACCUCAGCCGCUCACUCUAUAAGAUGACCGAAGCCAAGAAACUCAUCAUGGUACAGGGGGAGGGUAGGUGAUAAUGGUGUGGCGUGUGUUGGUGUGUUGUGUGCAGAUCAAGGCGUCGUACAAGUUGGACAUGAACGUGGUUGGCGCUGCCAAUCUUGAAGGCCGCACCCAAGAAACCCAUGGCCGCCGCUGAGGGUACGCACGCACGCCACACAAACCACACACCACACCACACCACACCACACACGCAGACACGGACGCCGCGCGACCAUCACCAGGGGACGGUUGUACACGUGUGUCUACCCUUUGCCAGGUCCGCGUGUGGGGCGCUUCGCCCACUGCCAGUGGGCAAUAGCACGGCCGACAAGGAUGAGAAGGGCGGCGAGGGGGAGGGGGACAAGUGAGUGUCUCUCUCACACACAUCACACACAUAAGGGGGAGGGGGCAUGGGGGCAGAGGGCAGUCAGACGAACGGUAGCCUCUCGGCAGUUUUUGCAAUGGAUCCAUCCAUCCAUCCAUCCAUCUGUGUGUCCAUUGCAUCCAUCAGUGCGAUGUUUGUGCAGUCUGACGACAUGAAAGACCGAUCUCCAUCGUAUGCAUCUGUGGAUGUGUGGAUGUGUUUGCUUCUUGUCUGCUCGACCGCCCUGCCUGCCCAUCGAUUCGCCGUGCCUGGGCGUCGCCUCUCCGUUCUCGACCCACCCAGAGCGACGCCUCCUGCCUGCCUGCCUGGCUGACUGCCUUCCAUUUUCUGGCUGGCUAAGUCGUCCGUGUGUGUGGUUUGGGAUGUGCGUGUGUGUGUUGACUUUUUGCCGACACUUUGGCAUGGAGCGACUGGAUGAAUGGAAUGAGAAUUGAUUGACG